AUGAUCAUGGGCGAGGGCGACACCGGCUUCGGCGCUCUCAAACGGAGUCGCAAGCGCACUCGUGCCGGCCGCUUCUCCAGCGAGAUUACCUUGAAGGAACUCGAAGCUUGUUAUCACUUGCCGGCCCAGGUCGCCUGUGGCCGCCUGGGGGUGGGCCUGACCAUCCUCAAGCGCAUCUGCCGCGCCCACGGCGUGGCCGCCUGGCCCUACCGCAAGCAGUACAAGUAUGAGUUGGGCGACACGCCGCAUCCCAUCGCAGACACCCCGACCCGACCCCCCAUCCCCGCGUUCCGGGGCUGGACGCCACCCGCCGCGCUGGCGGCGAAGCCCCAGGAUGCGGCGCGCGGAGCGCCUCCGGGCGAGGCGGCCGACGGCCUGCGUCGCCGCGCUCUGGCCUCGCUGCUGAGCCUGGUGCUGCAGCGCGGCACGCCAGGCGAGGGCGCGGCCUCCGCCGCCGUCGCCGCGGAGCUGGCGCGGUGCCUGCAGCACCAAGCCUGCCGGGCGCCGGCGGAGGUCAGGGACAAGGCGCCGCUCUGCGGCGAGGCCUGGCAGCCGCGGGACGUCGCCCGCCCGCCGGCAGAGGACGCCUGGCAGCCGCCGGCGGUGGGCGCCUGGCAGCAGCAGCUGGACGCCUGGCAGCAGCCGCAGCACCUGGAUGCCUCGCAGCAGCGCAACCUGGACGCCUGGCAGCAGGUGGACUGCUGGAGCACGGGCCGAGUGAUGCCCCCUGCAACCGCGCCGGCCCCACAGCACGACUGGCGCCGCGGCGUGCCGGCUUCAACACUGGCCGCCGCCCGUCACGACUCCAGGCAGUACACGCACGUGCGCCACCUGCUGGCCUCCGUCGGCCGCGCCUGA